GUAUAUAAAUCAUAAUUUAACUUCACUGUUGCGUCAUUUAAUUUCUGACAGUCGUUCUGAGAUAAGCAGAGAUGAUCAAGAUAGCUGUUUUUAUUAUCAUUUCGCUCUAUUUCCAAGGUAUUGAAGGUUCCAUUGGAAGUCCUCCACCACAAUAUGAUUGGUGUCCUUCUGGCAUAAUUGGACCCGCGUGCUCAGAUUAUCAACCAUGCGAUCCGGGAUACACAUGCGAAAAGAAAACCAAUCUGUGCUGCAAAAAUCUAGGCUGUCCCCUUGGAUGGUUUAAGGGUGGAUCAUGUAGUCUCAUUAAUGGUCAGAAAACAUGUCCUGAGGGAUACAUGUGUAUGCCCAACGAUUUCUGCUGUCGGUCCACUGUCUGUCCAUCUGGGUCUAUAGGUUCGGCAUGUGUUGUACAGAACCAAUGUCAUGCCGGUUACAAAUGCAGAGGUGGAUAUUGCUGUAAUCACCCAAGAUGCCCCGUCGGAUGGUUAGAAGGAGAUAGCGUAUGUAAUCUCACUCCAGGACAAGUUCGUUGUCCCUCUGGAUUCGACUGUAUCAAUGAUUUCUGCUGUAAAAAGAACCCGAAUUAUUGCCCACCGGAGAAGAUAGGAGGUAAAUGUCCAAACGGAAAGUGUCAAUAUGGCUACGAUUGUAAGAAUGGGUAUUGUUGUCAAAAUUAUUAAAGACAAUUAAAAAAAAUGUGUAUUGCUAAA